CUGGUCCGGCUGCCUUAUCGGCGGGGCUGGGCAGCCAGUAGCAGAGGGCCACGAGCCCCAGGGGACCGGCACAACCCGCCCCCAGGUCCCUUAUCUUCGUCCUCCUCCCUGGACAACAUCUUCAGCCCUGGCACCAUGCGCGGCUGCGGGUCCCGGCUGGUUUGGCUGCUGGUGCUGUCGCUGGCCUGGCUGGGCCCGGCUUUGGGGGCUGAGGAUAAGGAUGAAGAGGUGAUAGAAGAGGAAGACAAGGAGAAGAAAGAGGAUGAAGUGCUCUCAGAUGAGAUCAAGGAGGAGGACAAUGUCCUGGUGCUCCAUGAGCACAACUUUGCCCGUGCCCUGAGUGAGCACCAGCUGCUGCUGGUGGAGUUCUACGCGCCGUGGUGUGGGCACUGCCAGCAGCUGGCUCCCGCCUUUGCCCAGGCAGCCGCUGAGCUGAGGAAUGAGUCUAGCCCAGCCCGGCUGGCCAAGGUGGAUGCCACGGCACAGACAGCCCUGGCCACUGAGUUUGGCAUCACCUCCUACCCCACGCUCAAGCUCUUCCGUGAUGGCAACCGCACGCACCCUCUGGCAUACACUGGCCGCAUGGACAGCCAGGGCAUCGUGCGCUGGAUGCAGCGCCGGGCCGGCCCCAGUGCCACGCUGCUGCAGGACGCCGACAUCAUCGCUGCCUUCAUCAACUCCCAGGACUUGGUGGUCGUUGGCUUCUUCAAGGACCUGAAGGGUGAGGCAGCCCAGGCGUUCUUCGAGGUGGCUACCGAGAUGGUGGACAUGACGUUUGGUGUGGCAGAGGCAGCUGAGCUCUUCCAGAUGUAUGGGCUGUCAGCUGACACUGUCUGCCUGUUCAAGAAGUUUGAUGAGAGACAGACAAACUUCCCUGUGGACCCGUCGCGGGGGCUGGACACGGCCGAGCUCACGCGGCUGCUCCGCAUCCACAGCCUGCAGCUGGUGAUGGAGUUCACCAACGAGACAUCCAAUGAGAUCUUUGGUGCCAAGAUCCCCCAUCACAUGCUGCUCUUCCUCAACAAGUCCUCACCGGAUCAACUGUCACUGCGGGACAGCUUCAGGGCAGCUGCUGGUGGCUUCCGGGGCGAGGUGCUCUUCGUGGUGGUGGAUGUAACUGGGCACGGCGCUGAUGUCCUGCCCUUCUUUGGCAUGACCGCUGCUGAUGCCCCCACCCUGCGCCUGGUCAAAAUGGAGAGCAAUCGCAAGUACCGGAUGGAGCAGGACAACUUCUCGGAUUCAGCCAUUCGCACCUUCAUCCAGGCAGUGCUGGACGGCAAGGUGAAGCCUCACCUGCUGAGUGCGGAGCCCCCUGAGGACUGGGACACGCGACCUGUUAAAGUCCUGGUGGGGAAGACCUUUGAGCAGGUGGCAUUCGAUGAGACCAAGAACGUCUUUGUCAAGUUCUAUGCGCCGUGGUGCCCCCACUGCCAGGCCAUGGCGGCCGCCUGGGAGGAGCUGGCCGAGCGCUACAAGGACCGCGAGGACAUCGUCAUCGCCGAGAUGGACUCCACGGCCAACGAGCUGGAGAACAUCACCAUCCACGGCUACCCCACCCUGCACUACUUCCCUGCAGGGCCGGGCAGGAAGAUGAUUGAGUUUAAGAGCAACCGAGAUGUGGAGACCUUCUCCAAGUUCUUGGAAAAUGGGGGAACACUGCCUGAGGAACCUCCGGUGACCAAGACCCCUGGGAACAACACGGGCAUGGAGGAUCUGAGUGCACCGCACACAGAUGAAUCCCGGGAUGAGCUGUGAGCCCUGUCCCACUCAGGCAUGUGCUAUAAACCACCUGGAAACAAUGUGGGCUCU